UUCCGCCGACGGGCGAUCCCUCCGAACAAGCUCCGGUUUGAUUCCGGCCAUCUUCUCACACGAUGCAACCGAAGGGGAGACCACUGCUUUCCAUCUUGUUCCUCGUCUCCUUCUCCUCUCUCUUCCUUCUCUUCUCCUACCGCUCCUCCUCGUCCUCCUUCCGAUCGUCCAUUCCCCUUUCUCCUACCUCAAACCCUAAUUCCCGCUUCACCUUCAUCAUCAAGGUCCUCACCUACGACCGCAUCGCUUCCCUCCGCCGCUGCCUGCGCUCCCUCGCGGCCGCAGACUACGCCGGCGACCGCGUCCACCUCCACGUCCUCGUCGAUCACUUCCGCGUCGCGAAUGGCUCCUCCGACUCGACGGUCGACAGCCAGCUGGAAGAGUCGCGCCGGAUUUUGGAUCUCGUCGACCGGAUCGGCUGGCCACAUGGGGAGAAAAUUGUCCACUACAGGACGGCCAACGUCGGGCUCCAGGCGCAGUGGCUGGAGGCGUGGUGGCCCAGCUCCGACGACGAGUUCGCCUUCGUGGUGGAGGACGACCUUGAGUUGUCGCCGCUGUACUAUAAGUUCCUCAAAGGGCUGAUCUUGAAGUACUACUACGACCCGGCGAACUUCGAUCCUUCCAUCUAUGGCGCGUCGCUCCAACGGCCGAGGUUUGUUGCUGGCAAACAUGGAAACAGAUUGCAGUUGGAUAACGAAACGCGAAUUUUCUUGUACCAAUUGGUUGGCACAUGGGGUCAGCUUCUUUUUCCAAAACCAUGGAAGGAAUUUCGUUUAUGGUAUGAUGAAAACAAAACCAAAGGAAUCAAGCCAUUUCUACAAGGCAUGGUGACUACAGGAUGGUACAAAAGGUUCGGUGAGAGAAUUUGGACUCCUUGGUUCAUCAAAUUCAUUCAUUCCCGUGGGUACUACAAUAUAUACACAAACUUCAAUCGAGAAAGAGCUCUCAGCAUCUCUCAUAGAGAUGCAGGAGUAAAUUAUGGAAAGACAAUUGGUCCUGAUUCAAGUUUGUUGGAGGAUGAACCUCUCGAUUUCAAACUCCUGGAGCUGCCACCACUGAGGAACUUAAAAUGGUACGACUUCUGUUUUGCGGAAACUUUUCCAGGUAGAGUCGCAGGUAGCUUUGAUGAGCUCAGAUCUAUAGUUCACUCUAUGAAACAGAACAAAUUAGUCGUGAUAAGCUUGUACCAGACGACUGAGAAGAUUGCUAGAAACCUUAUUUGCAAUCUUGAAAAAGAUGGUUUGCUGAAUGUUGUUUUUGUCGGUGGAGAUACAGAGCUCUUGCUUGACCUUGCCAGGAGAGGAUAUGGUGUCAUUGAUUCAAACAAGUUGAUUUCAAGUUUUGGACACGACAAAUCGAUAGACCUCCAACAUGAGGCAGACUUUGUAAGAGAGACUUGGGUUAAAGCCUCUAUCAUCCAGAAGUGCCUCGAAUUAGGCUACGAUACCUGGUUGAUCGAUGGUAAUAUGAUUCCAAAUGGUGGUUCAUUACCUGAGUUGCCAAAUUCUUCGUAUAAUCUUGCUGUUGCGAAAGAUGUUGAGUUUCUGUUUGUGAAGAGCCGCCCAUCCUCUUUAAAGAUUUGGAACGGUGAGUACGUUCACAAGAUGGCAACGGCGAGCAAGUUUCUGUUGGCAAACAAUUCUCAGCUGAUGAGAGACGAAAGUUUCAUGCAUCUCGUUGCGAUGACAUUAGGCGAGAAGGAUAGAUUUGAUCACUCAAGCAUUGGUUUGAAAUUAGGGGAUGCUACUCCGAAACCUUCUGAAAGCAAAGCGAAUAUCAUCUUUUGGGAUCGACAAAUGACAAUGGCUUCGGUGCAAGUGGAGCUUGAAAGGUUCGGAAUGUGGUUGAUUGAUGCGGAAUCCUCCUGUACUUCUGUUGUUUGCCGCAGAUAAUAGAGUCCGACUUCUAAGAGUACAAGCAUCAUGAAACCCACCCUCCAUCGCGCGAGAUACUGCUGCAAUUGAUCCUGAGGCACAAGAGAUCCAAACCGCAUCGAGAUCGAUCGACUUUGCCAACCAUGGCGAGCAUCCAUCCUUGUAAUCCAAUGAAGCUCCAUGUCGAUUACAGUUUAAUUCCUCUGAAAUUAGAUUUGAACUGGUGCUGUCAAACUCUCAAGCAGCUGAUGAAACUGUGUGCAGAGAACCAACUUAAUAGAUAAAUUUGGUGUCCGGUUGCUGCUGCUU